AUGGAAAAGGGUUUAGGCAAGCAGGGAGACGAGCCAUGGAGGGUCCUCGAGUUCUACAGCGGUAUUGGUGGCAUGAGGUACUCGCUGAUGAAGGCUGGUGUGAAUGCCAAAGUUGUGGAAGCAUUCGACAUCAACGACACAGCUAACGAUGUUUACCAGCACAAUUUCGGCCACCGUCCCUAUCAGGGUAAUAUCCAGAGCCUUACUGCUGCCGAUCUCGACAGGUAUGGAGCGGAUGCAUGGCUUCUUUCUCCUCCUUGUCAACCUUACACACGACAAGGUCUCCAAAAGCAAUCUGGUGAUGCUCGGGCUUUUUCAUUUCUCAACAUUCUUGAGUUGAUACCACACACUUCGCAACCUCCAAUAAUGUUAUUUGUGGAAAAUGUUGUUGGAUUUGAGACGUCUGAUACGCAUACGAAAAUGAUAGAGAUAUUGGGAAGAACUAAUUUUAUUACGCAGGAGUUCAUAUUAAGUCCGUUACAGUUUGGUGUGCCAUAUUCCAGGCCACGCUAUUUUUGCCUGGCAAAGAGGAAACCUUCAACCUUUCAGAGUCAACUUUUCAAUAAUCAGCUUCUUCAGUCCCCAGGGCCAUUAUUUAGGCAUACAAAUACUGAGGAGACAGUGUUCUGUGAACUUGAUGAACCACAAGAGAGCUGGGAUAGGUUGCUUGAAUCUUGUGAGUCUAUAGAAAGCUUCCUUGAAUUCAAGAAUUGCAGUGACCAAUCAGAGUCCAAUUUUGUGGACACCACUACUGUAUCUACAGAUAGUGAUGAAGUUUUGGAUGAAGGGAAUGAAUAUUGUAGCGGUGGCCUAGAUCAGUACUCUGUUCCAUUGAGCUUGAUAGAGAGGUGGGGAAGUGCCAUGGAUAUUGUCUAUCCUGAUUCAAAGCGAUGCUGUUGUUUUACAAAAAGUUAUUAUCGAUAUGUGAAGGGUACAGGCUCCCUUUUAGCAACUCUGCAGCCAAAUAACGAGGAUAAAGCAUCUUCACUGAAGGAGCAGUGCCUUAGAUACUUUACUCCUAGGGAGGUUGCUAAUUUGCAUUCUCUCCCAGAAGAUUUUCAGUUUCCACAGCAAAUAAGCCUUCGGCAACGUUAUGCAUUGCUGGGGAACAGUUUGAGCAUAGCAGUGGUUGCUCCUUUACUGCAAUAUUUAUUUUCCGAAUCAUCAUGAUUAUUCAAAGACACUCCAAUGUAACAGAUGCAGAUCUCACCUACAGCGUUACGUUCAGAUCACUAUUUAGAUCAGCCAAGAAGCUUGAACUUCUCACGCCAGAACUUGAUAUCUCUGCUGCUUGUAACAUGUAACUUGAUAUGCUUUCAUUUUAAAAUGUAACCAAGGGGAGAUUAUAACAUGUAAACCUGAUAUGCUUACAUUGUUCAGCAUGAUUGAUAUUCGGUUUUUUGGGCACAAAUGCCCACCCCCUAUGUGGAAGUUAUUCAAUGAAAUGAUAAAGAAUGAUAGAGAGAAA